AUGUAUAGCUUAAAUCAGAUCACGUGUUUCCUGAUUGUCUAUAUCCAGGUCAGUUUCACUUUUGGAACUAUUCCAUUAUCAGAGGGACUUCAUCAGAUUUAUGCCAGAAAUGCUGCAGGUUGGUUUGAUUCUAGGAUCCUUCUAAUAAGCCCGAGAAACAAUUCAGAUGUCAGAAAAAUUGGUGAUAACUGUACUAGAAAUACGGAAUGUGUUUCUGGAGCAGUCUGUCUUGGCACCUGUCGAUGCAGGAACACUCAUGUUCCAGUGGAAGAUCAAUGCUGGAAGAAAGUAGAACCUGGAAACGUCGGGUGCACAUUCGAUGAGCAAUGUGAAGGCGUUUGGCCAAUGACAACCUGCCAAAGUGGACAAUGUGCAUGUGCAGAAGAAGAAGAACUCAUUGAAACACCAGAAGGAAAUGUUUGUGUUGUUCCAGGCAACUGUCCAACUAACAAUGUGAAUGGAGCUCUGUAUGAUCGAGCUACACAUCGAGUCUCCACAUGUCUCACUUUUACCUCCAAAAAAGAAAAGAACACUCAGUUCAUCGGUUGUGAUGAGUAUCCGGAAGUUUACGAUUGUAUUGCGGGAACAUGCUGUCCGACACGUGGCAUGACAUGCAUUCAACCAUUGAGUACUGGAGAUACAAAGGAUGCGACAGCAGUUGAGGAUAGGAGAUGGUGGUAUAACAGUGCAACUGGACAGUGUGCACCGUUCAAUUACACUGGAAACGGAGGGAAUUCGAAUAACUUUUUGACACAGUCCCAGUGUGAAUCUUAUUGUGGAGGGAGAUGCACUCGCGGAGAUCCUCUACCUCUCGAAGAUUCCAUCCCCAACUCCAACGACAACUACUUUUGCAAAAUCCACGAAUCAGAUCGUCAACUUUGCUGUCCUACUCCCUCGUUCAUAUGCAGCAGUUUAGGAGGAGUGAACGUCGACAAAACCACAAUGCGACCGUAUUCAAAUGGAUCUCCACGACGUGGAGCUGAUGUGCUUCAGAGAUGGUUUUGGGAUACAAAUGAAUUGGCAUGUAAAAUAUUCAAAUAUUACGGACAAGGUGGAAAUUUCAACAACUUUGGUGAUAAGCAAGAAUGCAUGGAUUUUUGUUCUUCUCGAUUAUGUCCACAUGGAAACCCUCUUCAUGACCCAAGUGAUAAUGUUCAGCGAUGUCAAGGUCAGGUGCAGUGUCCAGAGAGUCACGAAUGCAAGAAUUCUGUAUGCUGUCCUCGCCCAGCGGCCACGUGUCUACAAAGUUUGAAGACUCGAGAGAAAUGUGAACCAGGAGGAACGACAACCAAGUGGACAUACUCCACAGAGCACAACAUGUGCAAAUCAGUGUUGGCUAGUAGAUGUUUAAUAGGAGACAAUCAGUUCGAUUCGAUGGAAGAAUGCCAGACAAUCUGUGCAAGUGUACAACAACAACCAAAGUGUCCAAUAGGAAGAGCUUACAAGGGAUCAGAUCAAGUAGUCGUCAGAUGUUCUUCUUCGAAACGAUGUCCAUCAAAUUACGAAUGCAUUUACACAGGAUCAGUUCAUGCAUGUUGUCCUUCCAGAGAAUUCACCUGUAAUCAAGGACUUCAGGUGGGAACAACAUGUGGAAUGUCCACUCUACAGCGGUGGUAUUAUGAUCCACUGCAUAAUCGAUGCAAUCAAUUUGAGUAUCAAGGAUGUAAUGGGAAUGAUAAUAAUUUUGUGACGAGAUUAGAUUGUAUCGAAACUUGUCACAGAUCGGACUGUCCAGAUGGAGGCGAAGCUCUGAUUGAUUCUAGCAAUGGGAGAAUCAUUGCUUGCGAGAGGAAUGAUGAUUGCCCGAGUACGCAUACAUGUACGAGACAGGUUAGGUUAAGUUUCGAUUCUGGUUUUCUAACAUCUGUUUUCCAGCUCUAUUCCAAUCGUACGUCGUGCUGUCCAUCUCGUAAAUGGAUCUGUUCCCAUGACGCAAAUGAAGGUGUUUCUUGUGGAACGCCUUCUAAACGAUUCUAUUUUGACGCCAACACAGAAACCUGUCUACAAUUCACCUAUUUAGGAUGUGCAGGAAAUGCCAAUAGUUUCUCAAAUCGUGUAGCAUGUUAUCAGUUUUGUCAGAGUGCUUCUUGCUCAUCAUCAGAAGUUGUCUACCAACCAUCAAACCUCGACGAACCAUUCGAUUGUUCCUUGAAAACUUGCCCCAGACAUUUUUCAUGUGUUAGGAAUGUUUGGGAUGAGACCAAAAGCGUGUGUUGUGGAAGUCCGAACUUUGGAGUCUGCAGUUCGACUCAACACCCAAUGUUGCUUUCCAGCACUCAACAACCUAUGUCUUGCACUCCUAAUACUCAGGUUAGAAGUAUAAUAAAACAACAAAUAAGAACCAAAAAUUUUCAGAAUUCCUGUCCACUGGGCUUCCAAUGCAUCUACAGUUCCAUUCGAAUGCUCUAUUUCUGUUGUCGUGACAUCGAAAGAAUCGAAAAAUGUCUACAAGGAUCGCGACCAGAAAUCUGGCAAAGUACAGCAGAACCCAGAGCGUGUUCCAGAGAUUCUCAGUGUCCUUCAACGACUUCUUGUUUCACUCCAACUCCAUUUUCAUCGGGUCUUUGUUGUGCGAGAAUCGACGAGAUUUGUCCAGCCACGUUUAUUUACGAUGAACAGAAAUCUUCAGAUGGACAGUGUUCACCGCUAGAAAAGAAUACUUGUGGGAGAGAUGGCCAAUCUGUUUGUCUCUACUCUGAUGUCAAAAAUCGUUUCGUAUGCUGUCGUCGAGAAGCUCGCCAGAUCCAAGCCCUUGCCAAAUGCCCUCCUGGAUCCAUAAUGGAGCUCUCGAAAACCUAUUGUGAUCCAGAAAGUCCCUGUCCGAAAACUCAUUUUUGUAUGAAAAAGUCAACUGAUCGAAAAGGAAUCUGCUGCCGCCAUCCCAGCUUGAAACGAGUAAUGCCAAUGAAAACUCGAAAACCAGGAACAGCGACUUCAAGGAAACAAACAUCCAGAUAUCGAUGUCCAAAGGGAGAGAAACUUUUAAAAAUUGAUGGUGAGCCGAAGAAUUGUGAGGUGGAUAUUGAUUGUCCCGAAUUCUACAAAUGCACAUCUCAAGGAACAUCUCCAUCUUAUCAAUCUGUGUGUUGUGGACUAGAUAUAACUGAAAUCUGCUCCACGAGAGUAUACCCUGCUAUUCGAGUUCAAAAAUGUUCAAUGUGCGCAACUGGAUACGAAUGUCACAAAAAUUACUGUUGUCCCCAGAAAGAGGUUGCUUGUGCCCAGCCAAUUCCUGAAAUAAAUUCCGAUGAAGAAACCGAAGAUUCUGUGAUUCGAUUCUACUACGAUUCCGAGACAAACACGUGUCACUCAUCAACUAUCACCGAGGAGAUGCUCAAUCAUCAACUGCUCAGAACCAUUUCUCCGACCAUUCCUCUUGUAUUGAGAUAUCUUCAAUGCCCACAUCCAUAUGUCAAUCCUCUGGAUCAUCCGCAAAUGUGCAUCACCAGUCUUAAGUCUUGUUCUGAUUCGGAAACUUGUCUGAAGACAACAACGGGACGCAACUUUGUCUGUUGUCAACAUCCACCGUCAUUCCAAAUGUUAAUGAACAAUCUAUGUGGUGCCAGCUAUCAACCGACACUCAAUAAGUCUGGAAAUCCGAUUCGAUGUUCAUCGAGCAGUCGAUGUGCCAGUCGAAUUUGCAGACAGAGUCCUGUGUUGAGAUACAGUAUUUGUUGUCAAAGGAGGAUUCCCAAAACUCGCCUACUAAUCCGUCCCUUAUCCGAAGGGCAGAUUAAUAAGAAGCCAGUAUGUAGAUCGGAAGCCGAAUCAACUAUGGGUGCAUGCCUGCCAAAAUUGUUCCCAGGUGAAACCGAAUGUGAGGUUGACAAUCAGUGUGUUUCACCUUCAAUCUGCAUCGAAAAACGUUGCACAUGUCCGAAAGGAACUGUUCAGUUUCGUAGAAUGUGUGUUGACUAUUAUUGGAUAUCUCUCACAGAAACCGAGAUAUAUGGGCUCAAAGUUGACGGUCGGGUCGCACUAAACUAUACGCCAGAUUUUUUUUUAAUAUUCGAGAAGUUUUCUUCCCCAUCUACCAAAGCCUAUUUUCAGAAUAAUCCAUAUAUAAUCCGAGUGUGUCAGAAAAAAAAUCCGAGAACAAAAGAAAUUAUAGUUCCUCUGAAAAAAAACUUCAUUCUAAUCAUUUCAGCGUCAGUAUGUCCACUAUUCUACAAAAACCAAAAUGGAAUUUGCGUAUGA